UUAGAUGUCACCGAGCCGCUUCUUGUGGAAGUUGACCAAAUCUAUCACCUUGCUUGCCCUGCUUCACCAAUCUUCUACAAGCACAACUCUGUUAAGACCAUCAAGACAAAUGUUAUUGGUACCCUGAACAUGCUAGGACUUGCAAAGAGAGUUGGAGCUAGGAUUUUGUUGACAUCAACCUCUGAAGUUUAUGGUGAUCCACUUGAGCAUCCUCAAAUUGAGGCCUACUGGGGCAAUGUUAAUCCGAUUGGUGUUAGGAGUUGUUAUGAUGAGGGUAAGCGUGUAGCAGAGAUGUUGAUGUUUGACUAUCACAGGCAGCAUGGCAUUGAAAUCCGGAUUGCCAGGAUUUUUAACACCUAUGGGCCUAGGAUGAACAUUGAUGAUGGCCGUGUUGUUAGCAACUUCAUUGCUCAGGCUGUGCGCGGUGAGCCCCUGACUGUCCAGAGGCCAGGAACACAGACUAGGAGUUUCUGCUAUGUUGCCGAUAUGGUUUGUCUUCCACUGCAUUCUCAAUUGGUUUGUUGUUGGUCAAAAGACUGUCAGUGCACUAUAUCAACUAUGCCAUUCAUUGCACUAAAUCAACUAUGCCAUUCCACUGCAUCUCCAUCCAUUUACUGUCAGUGUCACCCGUUGCAACGCACGGGCAUAUACCUAGUAUGA